AUGUCUUUGCCAACUGCCCCUCUGCCAAUCGCCCACGCGUCCCGCCUCCUCCGAGUCGGGUUUUCAGUAGUCCCGGGCUUGAUCAAUGCCCCCUGCCCGAGACCUUCCAAUGUUUCUCCUUUGUCUGCGUUUUCUAUCUCUGGCUUCUCGGUAUCGUCUGUGGAGGAUAAAUUGGAUGGGGAUCAUUUUGUUGCUUCUUGUAAAAUUGUAACCAAUAAAAUAUCCAUUCAAACCCACGCAUUGAUUGAUACCGGUUGCUCCGGAUUCGCAUUCAUUGAUGAAACAUUCGCGCGCCAUCACAACCUCCCAUUUCUCCCCCUUAAAUCACCCCGCACUCUUGAAGUCAUCGACGGACGGCCCAUAUCUUCCGGACAGAUUACCCACCUCUGCUACCUACCGCUGUCAAUUGACUCCCACCAUGAAACUAUCCCCUUCUUCGUUACUAAACUCGGCUCGUACCCACUCGUACUCCGAAUCCCCUGGCUUCAAUUACACGACGCCACAUUACGGUUUAAGGACAAUAGUAUACUGUUCGACUCCGAAUACUGCAAACGCAAGUGUAACUCCUCCACGAUACCCGUUCCUGUUAGAGGGAUUGCACCACCAUCUCGUUUCCAGCUCGUCAGUUCAGCCGCCCUCUGCCGCUUUGCCCGGAAGGACAAGCUCCAGAUCUUCAGGAUAACUAUCGAGGAAAUCGACCAAGCUAUGGGCGAGGCCCCUAAGGGAGAUUGGAGGAACCGCGUCCCAACCCAGUAUAAGAAGUUCCACGAGAUGAUGGACGAGAAGUUCGCUAACGAAAUGCCGCCUCGCCGCCCCUAUGAUCAUAAGAUACCGCUUAAGGAAGGAAAAGAGCCCCUGUUUGGGCCACUUUAUGGUAUGUCCCGUGAAGAACUUAUCGUACUUAAGCAAUACAUACAGGACAACCUUAAAAAGGGCUUUAUUCAGGCCAGCUCUUCCCCCGCCGGUGCUCCUGUCCUAUUUGUUAAAAAGGCUGAUGGAACACUCCGUCUCUGUGUCGAUUACCGUAGCCUCAACGAACUCACCGUCAAAAACCGCUACCCGCUGCCGCUUAUCCGGGAAACUCUCGACCGCCUCUCCAAAGCCAAAUGGUACACCAAACUGGACCUUCGCCAAGGGUAUAACCAAAUCCGAAUGGCCGAGGGUGAAGAAUGGAAAACAGCCUUCCGUACGCGUUACGGGCAUUUUGAAUAUACGGUGAUCCCCUUCGGCCUUACCAAUGCACCGGCCACUUUCCAACACUUCAUUAACGAUUGCGUCCGUGACUACCUUGAUAUGUUCUGUACAGCCUACCUUGAUGAUAUUCUUAUCUAUAGCGACACCUUCGAGGAACCUCAAGUACAUGUCGAAAAGGUCCUGGAAGCCCUACAAAGAAAUGGAGUACUGCUGAAACCAGAGAAAUGCGAAUUUCAUACACAAAGCACCACCUACCUCGGCCUCAUUAUCGAACCCAGUGGCAUUAAAAUGGAUCCAAGAAAAGUGGAGACAGUAAAGAAUUGGACCGUCCCCAAAACAGUUAAGGAAGUGCAAGCGUUUCUAGGUUUCGCUAACUUUUACCGUCGAUUUAUACGUGGAUUCUCGGAACUGGCUUCCCCCCUUACCAGACUGACACGUAAGGAUAUACCAUUCGAAUGGACACCUGAAGCCCAAACUGCAUUCAACGCCCUGAAAGAAGCCUUCACAACGGCUCCUAUCCUUACCCAUUUCGACCCGGAGAAAGAAAUUACUGUGGAAACCGAUGCAUCUGACUACGUCUCUGCCGGUGUACUCUCCCAGUAUGAUGAUAAUGGUACCCUUCGACCCGUCGCAUACUUCUCAAAAAAGCACUCCCCCGCCGAAUGCAACUACGAGAUUUACGAUAAGGAAUUACUGGCGAUUAUUCGAUCCUUCGAGGAAUGGCGACCGGAACUUGAAGGGGCCGCGCACCCAAUCGCCGUUAUAUCCGGUCAUAAGAAUCUCGAAUACUUUAUGAGCACAAAGCAACUCAAUCGGAGACAAGCACGGUGGGCGGAGUACCUAUCACGGUUUAAUUUUGUCAUUAAGUACCGAUCAGGGAAACAAGGAGGGAAACCGGACGCGUUGACAAGAAGAUCAGGAGAUCUCCAUGGAGAGGGGGAUGAAAGGCAACUACACCAGAGUCAAGUUGUAUUGAAGAAAGAGAAUCUUGACGCAAAGCUAAGUUUGUUGGUGGGUUCUUUCUCAAAUGAGCCCGCUGAAAAGAACGCCUCACUGAAUAGACUACUCGAUGAAGGAUAUAGCGCUGACCCGUUUCCACAAAAGAUACUGGAUAUGCGGAACAAAGGUGAACGACAAUCAAAGGACAUAUCACUCGCCGAAUGCACCGAGGUUGAAGGCCGGUUGCUUUACCGAGAUAGUAUAUAUGUACCCGACUACGACCCUCUCAAGCUCCGGAUCCUCCAACUUUACCAUGACGCUGCCUCCGCCGGACACCCUGAACGCGAAAAAACAUUCGAACUCAUCAGUCGAGACUACCACUGGCCCCUUAUGCGGAAUUAUAUUGCCCGCUACGUUCGGAACUGCCACACCUGUCAACGAAGCAAACCCAAUACCCAUGGAAAAGUCGGAGUAUUUCGACCUUUACCGAUUCCCGAACAACCAUGGCGGGAGGUAUCAAUGGACUUCGUUACUGGCCUACCGGAGAGCGAAGGGUACGACGCGAUUAUGGUAGUUAUUGACCGGUUAACAAAGAUGCGACAUCUCCUUCCCUGUAAUACCACCAUCAACUCUGAAGACGUCGCCCAACUAUAUCUGCGAAAUAUAUGGAAGCUCCAUGGGCUACCCACACAUGUCACCUCCGACCGCAGCACGCAAUUUACAGCCAAGUUCUGGAGGGCUCUUUGUAAACACCUCGACAUCGAAGCAAGAAUGUCCACCGCCUUUCACCUGGAGACCGACGGCCAAACUGAAAGGUUGAACGCUGUAAUGGAACAAUACCUACGAGGAUAUGUCUCUUACCAACAGGACGAUUGGGUACAAUGGCUCCCUAUGGCAGAAUUCUCCGCCAACAAUCAGGUCUCCGCAUCCAUCAAAGCUACACCAUUCUUCGCGAACUAUGGUUUUCAACCCCGGUUCACAGUGACGAUCAAAUCGCUUGACAGGACCCCGCCAAGCCUCAAUGCUAAGGACUUCGCCUCGAAGAUGAAAGAACUCUAUGAACACCUACGUUCCAAUAUCUGCACGGCACAAGAUCAACAAGAGCAGGCCGUUAAUACUAAACGAACGCUGGCCCCGCGGUACGAUAUCGGCGAUAUGGUGUUUGUUUCAGCAAAAAACAUCCGAACCACCCGUAACCCCCGGAAGUUGGACUGGAAGAAACUGGGACCGUUCCCCGUCAAAGAAAUCAUCUCGCCAUAUGCGUACCGAGUCGACCUGCCUAGGAGUAUGAAAAUGCACCCCGUCUUCCAUGUAUCGUUGCUAGACCCCGCCGCAAAUGAUCCUGUCCCGGGGCAAAUCCAACCACCACCCCCGCCUAUUACCGUUGAGCAGGAAGAGGAGUAUACAGUUGAGGAAAUCUUGGACUCGCGGGAAACAAGAAACAACGGCUUGCAAUAUUUUGUCAAAUGGACAGGCUAUACCGACCCUACCUGGGAACCCGCCGCAUACCACGAUAAUACCGCCGCCGUUGAUACCUUUCAUACACGUUACCCCGGCAAACCUGGGCCGUUGGAAGGAAAGAUUAAGGUUAAGGCUCGCAGGAGCUCGCGCUUGAAGGGAGGGGCUACUUUCAUGGAUCGAUUAGGGAACAGCCCCUUAGGACCCCUAUUGCGAGUUCUUACACCGGCCCUAUUACACCCUUCGUACCUUCCAGAAUACUCGCUACUCGCCCCCUUGAGAGAGGGUGAAGAAUGGAAAACAGCCUUCCGUACUCGUUACGGACAUUUCGAAUAUACGGUGAUGCCCUUUGGCCUUACCAAUGCGCCGGCCACCUUACAACACUUUAUCAAUGAUUGCGUCCGCGACUACCUUGAUAUGUUCUGUACAGCCUACCUUGACGAUAUUCUCAUUUACAGCGACACCUUCGAGGAACAUCAAGUACACGUCGAAAAGGUCCUGGAAGCCCUACAAAGAAAUGGAGUACUGCUGAAACCAGAGAAAUGUGAAUUUCAUACACAAAGCACCACCUAUCUCGGCCUCAUUAUCGAACCUAAUGGUAUUAAAAUGGACCCAAGGAAAGUGGAGACAGUGAAGAAUUGGACCGUCCCCAAAACAGUUAAGGAUGUGCAAGCAUUUCUAGGAUAUACCAUUCGAAUGGACACCCGAAGCCCAAACUGCCUUCAACGACCUGAAAGAAGCCUUCCCAACCGCUCCUAUCCUUACCUAUUUCGACCCGGAGAAAAAAUUACUGUAGAAACCGAUGCAUCUGACUAUGUCUCUGCUGGUAUACUCUCCCAAUACGAUGAUAAUGGUACCCUUCGACCCGUCACAUACUUCUCAAAAAAGCACUCCCGCGCUGAACGCAACUACGAGAUUUACGACAAGGAAUUACUGGCGAUUAUUCGAUCCUUUGAGGAAUGGCGACUGGAACUUGAAGGGGCUGCACACCCAAUCGCCAUCAUAUCCGAUCAUAAGAAUCUCGAAUACUUUAUAAGUACUAAGCAACUCAACCGGAGACAAGCACGGUGGGCGGAAUACCUGUCACGGUUUAAUUUUGUCAUUAAGUACCGACCAGGGAAACAAGGAGGGAAACCGGACACGUUGACAAGAAGAUCAGGAGAUCUCCCUGGAGAGGGGGAUGAAAGGCACUUACACCAGAGUCAAGUGGUAUUGAAGAAGGAGAUUCUUGACAUACUGGAUAUGCGGAACAAAGGUGAACGACAAUCAAAGGACAUAUCACUCGCCGAAUGCACUGAGGUUGAAGGCCGGUUGCUUUACCGAAGCAGCAUAUAUGUACCCGACUACGACCCUCUCAAGCUCCGAAUCCUCCAACUUUACCAUGACGCUGCCUCCGCCGGACACCCUGGACGCAAAAAAACAUUCGAACUCAUCAGUCGAGACUACUACUGGCCUUUUAUGCGGAAUUAUAUUGCGCGCUAA